AUGUUUCGCGUUUUUGUAUAUUGCUCCCUGAUGUAUGUAAUGACGGCUAUUUUGGCGGAACGGCUGCAUGCUACUAUAUUUUUUCAUGACUAUGACCAAAAACGAUAUCUCUUUAUUAGCGUCCAGACUCAGAUUGUUACCACAGUCUCCUCGAUGAUGGGAUCGAUACUGUAUACUUUUGGUGGAGGAAAAGCGGUGAUGUAUCUAUUUAUGUUUGAUUUUCCAUUCACGGCCAUCUUGGCUGUUCUCUCAAUGGCGGGCAGCUACUCCCUUCAUAAAUACAACAUGAAAAAGCUGAAUGAUAUUUUGAGGAGGUUUGAGUGGAACGAGUAUUCACUCAGUCUCCGUUUUCAAUUGAAAGAAAACGUUCGAGCUCUAAAGUUGAUCCGACUAAACGUCAUGAUCCAUGGAAUAAUUAUGCUAAUAGGAUUGACGCUAUUCGCGGGCCCGUUCGUGUUCUUCGAUGCUGGAUCUCCGGAGCAAGAGCUUGCCUGGGUGGUGUUGGAAGCCGCUCAAAACUAUUACGUAUUUGUGCUUCAAGUUGGAUUGUUGUUGUAUGUAGAGCGGUGGCGUUUAGGUCUUGGUCGUUUUAUUAACCGAUGGGUAUUUCAAAGCAAAAAAGUGUGCCCAGAAACUACAGUAGCCGUCCCGCCAUAUUCCGUUGCCACCGUCACAGAUCUUCAUUUCGGUCUCCUGGAACGAGUCUGGGAAGUGGCCCGAAGAAGCAGU